AUUAAGUUUUGCACUUGUUGUGUUUUUCUUAUGUGUUUUAGUUUUUUUUUCAUUACAUUUGGAUGUAUUUGUUGGUUUGUAUGAUAUCCAUUAAGUAAGACUACGUAUAAUGUUGAAGGGGGCAGGAAAAUAUAAGAUUUUUCUUCAUCCUGCUCCUUCUCAGGCAUUGGUGUGUAAAUGUAAAAUUGUAUAAUUGAGGUAUAAUUGUCUAUUGAUCAAAGAUGCACAUCAAUGGAGAUAAGUAAAAAAAAAAAAAAAGGAAUUUAAUGAAUCAUUGUGGCCAAAAGGUGUCAAAAACAACAUAAGUACAUUCCAGUCAAUAAUACAUUUGUUAAUGUUUUUCAUACAUGCCAUUGUUCUCUGUCCAACUAAGUUCACUUGAUUAAACUUUUUCUAACUUUCUACUUAAUGAAAUAAUACAAGUGUAUACUAUGAUUUGUGCUGAUAUCAAAUUAAUAUUGGUACCGUAUCGAAAGUGAAAAAGUUGUAUCAGGACGCCCCUAAAUAAAAUGUUGCUUCCACGUUGUUAGUACAGUCCAUCAAUGUUUUAGGAUGGUAAACACAAAGGUGCUCGGUGAUGUCUUGUCUUUGGAGCUUUACACUGUGUUAGGGCAACAUACUUAUCAUGCAAAAACGCCUCUAAGCGUUUGGGGGGAGGGAAGGAGUCAAGGAGUCAAUACCUGAAGCUUACUCAAUCUUAUUUCCACUCUCUCAGAUCCCACACUUGCUGACGCUGCUGAGUUCUGCAGGUAAUUACUUGGAAUUAGUAGGAAUCUUAAAUCACAGUGUACAGAUGCUGUGGUGACGUCGUUGAAAGCGGCAUUUGUCUGAGUCACAAGAAUGAAAAUGGCUUCUUCUCAGAUCCGCCUCAAAAUCCUCCCCAGUGUUCGUUGCCUAUUUGACAAAGUGGUCCAAGUGAAAGUGGAGGGUCUUGCUCCCCACAAAGCAGUACAGUUAAGGUCCAGGCUGGUUGAUGACAAAGGGGUACUCUUCAAAGCUUCUGCCCUCUACAAAGCCGAUGAAAGGGGCUUGGUAGACGUGAGUAGCGACCCCUCUCUGGGUGGGAGCUACACCGGAGUGGAGCCCAUGGGUUUACUGUGGGCCAUGGCGCCAGAAACUCCACACAAAAAAGUUGUGAAGAAGAACGUGCUGAGCCCGACCCUGAUUGAGAUAGCGGCGCACAACGGCGACACUGGAGAACUCCUAGCUUGUGAAACCAACGAGCGAGGAUACAUGGUGGAGGGCAUGAAGAGAAUCCCUGUGGAAGAGGGAAGAGUGCGAGGAGUCCUGUUUAUCCCUCCAGGAAAGGGUCCAUUUCCUGCGAUUGUGGAUUUAUAUACUUUCGGCGGAGGCCUCAGCGAGCAGAGAGCCAGCCUGUUGGCGAACAAAGGUUUUGUUGUGCUGGCACUGGCCUAUUACGGCUACCAAGAUUUACCAAAAAACCCCAAACGCUUAGAUUUGGAAUAUUUUGAAGAGGCUGCAAACUACCUACAGAAUCAUCCAGAGGUUUUCCCCGGCAUAGGUGUCAUAUCAAUGUCUCAUAGCGGUGCUCUAGGUUUGUCGAUGGCAUCUUUUCUCCCAGGCAUCACGGCGACAGUCUGCAUCAACGGCUGCGUUGCAAACACUGUGAUUCCAUUACAUUACAAAGACAUUGUCAUACCGCCACUCCAACACAAUCUACAGAAUAUUCGGAUGUUAGAAUCUGGAAUCAUUGACAUACGCAACGUCAUGCCGGACCCAACCCUGGAAAAAAACAGAGCGUCUUUAAUUCCAAUUGAACGUGCAAGCUGCCAUUUCCUGUUUGCUGUUUCGGAAGACGACCACAAUUGGACCAGCGCUUUAUUCGCCAAACGGGCCGCUGAGCUUUUGGAAAAUCAGGGCAAGGAAUCGUUCGAAGUAGUGUCUUAUCCAAAUGCUGGUCACCUUUUGGAGGUUCCACACAUGCCUUUUUGCCCAUCUGGCUUCCAUGCAGCAUUGGGAUGUGCUGUGGUGUUUGGUGGGGGGCCAAAAGCCCACUCAGAGGCUCAGCUGGACCUGUGGGAGCGAGUCCAAGAGUUCUUUAAGAAACACUUGAACAGCAGCAGCGCUAAUUAAAAAGCCUGUCACGUAUCCCAGACUGAUAGCCUGUACCCAACCGAAAGGUGCUCGUGCACUGAACAUUUUGAGACGGGUAACUGGCCAACAUGAAAGUUCCUGAAAAAAUCAAACUAAAACACACCAUUAGUGGCUUAACAAAACUAGUUGUUUUUGUUAAAUGUCAAAAUUUUUCACAGUUACUAAUUAUAUUGAGAAAAAUUGCUCGUUCAUCUAAAGCAGUGGUCCCCAACCUUUUUAUUUUCCUUUGUCAUGAAAAACGGAUGUUUUUGUCAUGAAAAAGGGAGGUUUUUGUGGUUGGUGCACUAAUUGUAAGUGUAUAUAGUGUUUUUUAUGUUGAUUUAAUAAAAAAAAAAAAAAAAUUCUCAACACCUCCGAAUUUGUUAAUGAAAACUACUACUAAGACGCACGUUACAAUCAAACAGCUGUUGCAUAAUAAGUACAAUAUCUACAGUAUUAACACUUUUUAGAGCGCAACACACAGCAACGACUGAACUGACCAACACACUAUAAACUAUACACUAAUGCCAUCUAAUGUAUUGGACUUGCAACUGAAAUAAACCAAAAAUAUAUAACAACUGGACAGCACUCAUCAUCAUCAGCUCAUUUUUUUAAAUUUUGCAAUAAAAAACAAGCUUUUAUUAUCAAAAACAAUCAAUAUUUGUUAACACAUGUAAAAGUAGAUGUGUUGUCACAGUUAAGCAGCCACCAGCUGUCCUGUCAAAAUCUUUGUAUCAGCAAAGGCUGCAUUGUUUGUAAAAUAAUUCAAAUAAUUAAUUUACGUUUGUUAUGACCUUCUCUUGAUGAGCGUAUUUAAACUUCUGCACAACUGUACUUUAUUUAAAGGACCCAUAGUGUACUUGGAAUGCCCUCUCUCCAUUGCUAGACUGGAUAUGUUUGAUGUGACGUCAUCUGCAGAAGUGGAGCCCAUUUCCCAGCACGGACAGUGGGAAUAAAGGCAUUUAAAGUUAUUUUAUUUACUUAAUAGUAUGUUUUUGUCGCCCUGGUCUAUGAAUACUUCAAAACUGAUAUGUUUAACAUGAGCAAAAAAAUAUAUAUGAAAUAAUCGCCGUUUUCAGACAUCUCUGCUGUUCCAUCUUUUCUUCCUUAGACAUCCCACUGCAUAAAAGAGCUGACAAAAUAUAAGAUAAAAAAAAACUAUAUUUUAGGGGAAAAAGGACUAAAAACUAUCAAAAUAAUCUGGCCAUCUAGCUAGUUAAUUUUACUUGAUAAGACAUCCUAAAUUAAUAUUUGUGUAUAUAGAAAUCAGCCAGAAAUAAGUAUUUCAUUCUGAAAACAAGUAUUAUUAAACUUGCCAUUCUUAAAUUAAGCAUCCUCUGGAUGUUGCAUAAUCUUUACACACACUUCUCUACGUAGGAGAAAACCAAUAUAUCGUAUUUGAAUAUUUGUUUUCUCACUUUUGACAUUUCUAGAAUAGACAAAAUGUGGAUGAAAUUACGAUCAUGGUGUAAAGUCCAAAAACUAAAAAUAAGUUAAUAGCUCUUAAAACUAGGGACAUUUUUAGAAAAAAAAAAGGUAAAUAUUGGCAUAGCCUUUGUUUCCUAAUGCCCUUUUAGUAUGACCUCAAG